AUGCAUCCAGACAAUACCAUAACAACAAAAGACACUGAAUCACCGCUUCAUUAUGACGGCACUCGCACCUCCUUGAAUAACGAUGAAAAGCAUAUUGAAACAGCUGAAUACAGCCCGUCUCAUUUUGACGAUACAUUGUCUUUUCGUCGUCAUGGACGCCGUGAGCAAGAACGCCGUCGCCACAUGCCAGAACAUCUUCGUGUCAUUCUCCCUGAGGAGAAAGGUUAUUCACCACGCUUAACAAAUUUUAGCAACAAGUGUAAGUCAUUGUGUAUGGUUAUGCUCAAUCCCAUCAUAGCAGUUAUCCGAUUCUUACAACGCCGAACAAACUUGACAUUCUGGAUAAUCGCGGGUAUGGUUGUUGGUAUCUUAAUCGGUCAAUUUGCCCCUGCUGCCGGCAAAGAAAUCAAACCAUUAGGUGAUGCUUUCAUUAUGAUGAUUAAAAUUAUUAUUGUGCCACUUGUAUUCAGUGUCCUCGUCAUCGGUAUUGCUGGACACGGUGAUGAUGUCGGAAAAGUUGGAAUUCUCGCAAUCAAAACCAUUAUUUAUUUUGAAGUUGUUACAACAAUUGCUUUGGCAAUUGGUCUUAUCAUGGCAAAUAUAGUAAAACCUGGCGUUGGGGUUACACUACCUGUUGGGCAGGAUACUUCCACAGUACAAGAAUUGGCUGAUAAAGAAUCUACAUCAAUUACCUGGUAUAACGAAAUGUUUUUAAUCAUUCCCGAAAACUUUUUUAAGGCCGCUUAUGAUAACAAGGUGCUUGCCAUCGUUUUCUGCGCGGCUAUGUUUGCUUGUGCGAUGAUGAAAGCUGAUAAAGAAAGCAAGAGAUUUAUGCUUAGGAUCAACGAAUCGCUUUCUCAGAUCAUGUUUAAAUUUGUGGGUUUAGUCAUGAACUAUGCACCUAUUGGUGUUGGCGCAGCCUUAGCAGCCACUGUUGGAGCAAAUGGUAUCAGUGUUUUAGCCAAUCUGGGAAAGCUCAUCGGAUGCGUCUAUGCUGCAUUGGUCAUAUUUGUUAUCGUAGUCUUGAUUCCUAUCAUGUUUUUGGCUAGAAUACCAAUCGUUGGCUUCUUUAAAAUCAUGUUUCGACCCUGGUUACUUGCUUUCAGUUCAGCAUCCAGUGAAUCGGCACUUCCGCUAGCUUUCGAGAGAAUGCGCGAGUUUGGUUGUACAAAUGCUCUUACAGGCUUUGUUAUUCCAUGGUAA